CUUCGCUCACUUUUUUGGGGGAUAUUCACUAAUCACAGGGAAGGGAUAGAGAAUAUCUACGGUCUUUCUUUUAAUUUCACGGGAUGCUCUUCCUCGUUAUUUCGAAAAAAAUAUUACAGGCAGGACUUUCCCUUAUCACACACCUGAAAACAUAAGACCUAAAGUUGUUUGUUCUAUUUGUAACGUGCACUAUUCGGUCAGUAAAUUGUUUUCUUUGAAAAAGUUAUUGGGACGCUUUCAGCUGCCUGUGCUCUGCAGAUCGGAUGCAAUUGCAGUAGUUGCCUUUAGCUUGCAGAGACAUACGCAACUUUGUGGAGUGAUGUGCAAAUCAAGGAUAAAGCGGUGCAUUCUGACCUGUUUCUUCCAAUUUUUGGUUGUGCUAGUUUUAUCGCUGCCAAGAUCGAGAUGCACAGAAGAUGCAGACUUCUCCCCCCCAGGAGAAACAAUAGGACUGGCUGAAGCCCAAGGCAGAGGCGUGCCAACACCUGAAGGUCACUACCUUUACUUCUUGGAACCAGUGAACAAUAUAACCAUAGUUCAGGGUCACACCGCUAUACUGCAUUGCAAAGUAGCAGGAAAUCCAACGCCGAGCAUCAAAUGGCUGAAGAAUGAUGCUCCAGUGGUCCAGGAGCAGGGGCGGAUAUCAAUCAGGAAAACUGAAACAGGAUCCAGAUUGCGCAUCCAGGAUUUGGACACCACAGACACAGGCUACUACCAGUGUGUGGCGUCUAACAACCUGAAGGUAAUAUCUGCCACUGGAGUCCUGUACGUCAGAUUAGGGCAGUCACCGACGCCUGGCUCUAACUACAAUGACCAGGACAAGUUUCAUGAAAAAGGAUUCUGUCAGCCAUACCGAGGAAUCGCAUGUGCGCGAUUCAUUGGAAACAGAAGCAUUUACGUGGAGUCGCUCCAGAUGCAAGGGGAAAGUGAAAACCGAAUAACUGCUGCUUUCACCAUGAUAGGAACUUCCACUCACCUGUCAGACCAGUGCUCCCAGUUUGCCAUCCCCUCCUUCUGCCACUACGUCUUCCCGCUGUGUGAUGAGGGCUCCCGUAACCCCCGGCAGCGGGAGCUGUGCCGCGACGAGUGCGAGGUGCUGGAGAACGACCUGUGCCGCACUGAGUACAUGAUCGCCCGCUCCAACCGGGCCAUUCUCAUGCAGCUGGAGCUGCCCAGCUGCGAGGCGCUGCCCCUGCCAGACUCCCCCGAGGCCGCCAGCUGCAUGCGGAUCGGCGUCCCGGUGGACAAGCUGAAAACAUAUCCUCCUCCAGAUCACAAGUGUUACAACGGCAGCGGAGCAGAUUACAGGGGCACGGCGAGUGUGACCAAGUCAGGGUACAAGUGCCAGCGCUGGAACGCCCAGUUCCCUCACAGCCACCACCUGACGGGUGUGGAGUUCCCGGAGCUGGGAGGAGGACACAACUACUGCCGGAACCCAGCCGGCCAGAUGGAAGCUCCCUGGUGCUUUACACUGGACGAGAAUGUGCGCGUGGAUCUGUGUGACAUUCCUGCCUGCAAACCUCGAGAAAACCAUAAAAUGGAGAUCCUCUACAUUUUGAUUCCCAGCAUAGCGAUCCCCUUUGUCAUCGCCUGCCUGUUCUUCCUCAUCUGCAUGUGCCGGAACAAACAGAAGGCCUCCUCUGACACUCCUCCUCGCAGGCAGUUAAUGGCAUCACCCAGCCAGGACAUGGAGCUGCCCCUCAUUAACCAGCACAAGCACCAGGGAAAACUCCGGGAGAUCAACCUGUCUGCUGUGCGCUUCAUGGAGGAGCUCGGUGAAGACCGAUUUGGGAAAGUGUACAAGGGACAUCUUUAUGGCACAGCACCUGGGGAACAGACCCAAGUAGUUGCCAUCAAGACGGUAAAGGAUAAAGCUGAAUUGACCCUGAGGGAGGAGUUUAAGCAUGAAGCUCUGAUGAGGUCCCGGCUGCAGCAUCCCAACAUCAUCUGUCUGCUGGGUGUGGUCACUAAGGAGCAGCCCAUGAGCAUGAUCUUUAGCUACUCUGGACAUGGGGACCUCCACGAGUUCCUGGUCAUGAGGUCCCCCCAUUCAGACGUGGGAAGCACUGAUGAUGACAAGACGGUGAAAUCCACCUUGGAACAAGCUGACUUCCUCCACAUCGUGACGCAGAUAGCCGCUGGGAUGGAGUACCUUUCCAGCCAUCAUGUGGUGCACAAAGACCUGGCCACCCGAAACAUUUUAGUGUGCGAUAAACUCAACGUGAAGAUCUUAGACCUGGGCCUUUUCCGUGAAGUCUACUCGGCUGAUUACUACAAGCUGAUGGGAGGAAAUCCUUUUCCUAUCCGUUGGAUGUCUCCAGAGGCUAUCAUGUAUGGCAAAUUUUCAGUGGAUUCAGACAUUUGGUCCUAUGGUGUGGUCUUGUGGGAAAUCUUCAGCUAUGGCCUGCAGCCAUAUUGCGGCUAUUCCAACCAAGAUGUCAUUGAGAUGGUGAGGAACCGACAGGUCCUGCCCUGCCCUGAUGAUUGCCCAGCUUGGAUCUACACCCUCAUGCUGGAGUGCUGGAAUGAAUUCCCUGUCAGAAGACCCAGGUUCAAAGACAUCCACACCAGACUACGGACGUGGGAGAGCCUGUCCAACUACAACAGCUCGGCUCAAACCUCGGGGGCCAGCAAUACAACCCAAACCAGCUCUCUCAGCACCAGCCCCGUCAGUAAUGUCAGCACGGCGCGGUAUGUUGGCCCCAAACAAAAAACCCAGCCUUUCCCUCAGCCCCAGUUCAUUCCCAUGAAGGGUCAGAUCCGUCCCAUGGUCCCUCCUCAGCUGUAUAUUCCCGUCAACGGCUAUCAGCCCAUGCCAGCCUAUGGAGCCUAUUUACAAAACUUCUACCCUAUGCAGAUCCCUAUGCAGAUGCCUCCACAGCAGAUGCAUCCACAAAUGGUGCCCAAAGCUGGAUCACAUCAUAGCGGAAGUGGUUCCACAAGCACUGGCUACGUCACGACGGCCCCGUCAAACGCUUCAAUGACUGAGCGAGCGGCUUUGCUCACGGAGGAUGGAAAGGCCGUUGAGGAAGAUGUUGCAGAUGGAUCUUCCCAGACUGCUCUGCACAACGAGGAUGUGUCUGUCCCCGAAACAGAGCUGCUCGGCGACAAUGACACCCUACAUACAGAGGACCCCGAGAUGCAGUCUGAAGCAUAGAGAGUAAUGUAGUAGCGGAGACCAAAACAAGAACUGUGACAUUUUGUGGUAACAAAAGCAAAACCUACAAAAAGAAAAAAAAAACUUAAGUGAAGGGAAUGAUCUGCAUUCAUUGUUAACUCAAACUGAAUUGUUAUUUAUAGUGAUCUGCAUUUAUACUCCAGCAGUGUUUCAAAUCAGUCAUUACUGAGAUUCAGAUUGUGGAUUGUGGUGACUCUUACAUGGAUCCUGAGCACAGGUGACUCUGGAACAGCAAUGAAGAAUCACGUGUUCACCCAGAGGAAAUGUGUGCAGGCGCAAAGGGUGUACAAUAUUUUUUUUUUUUUGUGGAAGUGUUGCAGAGUCAUUCAGAAGAAUUUUUUUUCUUACUGUUGCUGUGCAACAUAAUGCAAAAUUUGUCUAUAGCGGAUUUGUAGAGUUGCAUUUUUGAGGUUUUUGUUUUUUGCUGUUUUUGCAUACAACAAGGUAAGGAUUUAUUCACUGUGGACAUGAACUGAUGUUCAGAUGAGAAAAAAGUGAUCUUAUGUUUUAUACACACAUUUAUACUUCUUUAAAGGAUAUAUUCAAUUCUUCAGCCUCAAAAUGGGCAAAAAGAUUGGAAUCCUGGAAAAUAAGAAGAUUUUAAGAUUGUAUUUAGAUGUUAAUGCCUUUCUGAACUAUGAAUGAUUUAACUUUUUAAGGCCACGUUUUUUCCCCCUGGAAUUCAGUUUAAAAAGGAAGCAGUUGAGAAGAAACCCUGGUCUUUACGAGAGACUGGAAUUUCGGCAUUUCAACCUGAAAUUGCUGUUCAUGACUUUUAAAGUAAAAGAGAAAACUGGGAGGAGGAAUAGCUUUCUUUGCUAUCAUUUGGAAAUGUGACUGCCUUCCUACACAAUGAAGUGGCUGAAAAGCUUCAACAUCAAACACAUAUACCAAGGCAAGUUUUGUUCUGGUACUGCGUCUUUUAUCGUUUUAAACCCUGUACAGAUGUGUAAUUUAAAAGCCUUUUUCUCCGACAUACUCGAGAUUCUCCGAUUUUUAUUUCAAUUUGAUGUAAUUUAAAUGCUUCCUCUCUUCUGUUCAGAUGGGGUUUGUUAUUCAGUGGUAUUGGCUUUUAUGUACUUUUUUUAGCCAACAGGUCCUAGCAUUUUUCAAAAAAUGUGUUCUUGUAAAACUCACGAAUGUGAUAUUCUUUUUUUUUUGUAAUCGCCACACAGUUUAGCCAUAUAUUUUGUACAUCCAGCCACGUGGAAUAUUCAAUAAAAUGAUACAUUACUUAGA